UUUGGUGUCUCGGUCAUGACCUCUCCAUCUGUGUUCAUAAAGGUGCUGGUUAAUGAGACGGCUCUGCAGAGAUACAAUGUGGUUUUGAGCGAGAGGGAGCUGGCUCUCAUCUGGUCCUUCAUGAUCUCCAUUUACGCCAUCGGAGGGUUGGUGGGGGGCCUGUUGGCAGGGUGGCUGCUGUCUUACGGCCGAAAAAGGUGUCUCCUGCUAAACAACGUUUUUGCCAUCCUCGGCUCGGCACUGAUGAUUUCCAGCAGACCGGCACGCUCUUUUGAGAUGAUCAUGGCGGGACGGUUCAUCUACGGGGUCAAUGCAGGGGUCACCUUAUCUGCUCACACUUUGUACGUGAUCGAGUGUACGCCCACUAAGCUGCGGGGGAUGGUGGGCGUCACGGUCGGCACGUUCAUAUCUCUGGGGAAGUUCACCGGGCAGCUACUGGGGCUCAGUCAGCUGCUGGGCUCAGAGCACCUCUGGCCCUGGCUGCUCGGUUUCAGCGGCGUGGUGGCGCUACUUCAGCUCCUCAUUCUUCCCCUCCUCCCUGAGUCUCCAAAAUUCCUGCUGCUGGAGCGGGGAGACCAGGUCGCCUGCGAGAAAUCUUUAACACGGCUGUGUGGCAGCAUGGACAUCAAGAAGGAGGUGGAGGAGAUGCUGAAGGAGAAAUCUGCCGUGCAGAACGUUCGCAGCCACUCAGUGAUGGAGCUGAUGAGGAAAAAAUCUCUCCGCUGGCAGUUGGCCACCACUGUCGUCUUUUUUACGGUCCUGCAGCUCAGCGGCAUCAAUGCAGUCUACUUUUAUUCAUUUGAGGUAUUCCGAGAAGCAGGGAUACAGGAAGACAAACUACGUUUUGCUGCUUUAGGUACUGGACUGUGUGAGCUCACCACCUCAAUCACAUGUUUCUUGAUCAUUGGAAGGUUCGGCAAAAGAUUCCUGCUGUUCAGAGGCUACUUGGGAAUGUCCGUCACUCUUGUUCUUCUGACCAUCACUCUGAAUCUCCAGCGCCUCCUCUCCUGGAUGCCCUACUGCAGCAUGGUUCUUGUUUUCGUCUUCAUUUUCUUCUUCUGUAUCGGGCCAUCUGGAGUGACAGCCCCUCUUCCAGGUGAACUCUUCACUCAGCCCUACAGAGCAGCAGCGUACACCAUAGCAGCCUGCCUCAACUGGACCGGACUCUUCCUGCUGGGGAUGGUUUUCCCAGUGCUGGUGGAGCAUCUGAAAUAUUUCUGCUUCAUCAUUUUCCUCUUCUUCUGCAUUGCCGCUACUUUGUACACAUGGUUCUGCAUGCCUGAGACGGCGAACCGGACCCCAUUGGAAAUUGCAGACGAGUUUAGGAGGAUGCACAGUAAAUCUACGAACUCCCAGGGCAAGCAGUUAGCCGUGAAUAACAACCUCGACAUCGUGUUUGUCACCAAACUUUGAUGAACUUCUGUUGUGGCACAAAUUCAAGUUGUUUUUGAAAUAUAUUUUUUUUCUAUAUUUUUAAUGUUGUUUCUUGAAAAAUAUUUGAU